UGUGGAGCUCUAAAGUCUGAGCUCUCCGGGAGCUCUUGAACACAGCAUACGGGGCGGGGCUUUUGCGUAACGUUCACCGUCCAUUUGUUUUCACCGCCGCCGAGUGAAGUCAUGGAUCUGUAGGGAAACACGGCGGCGUGCUCACUCAACACUGUCAGCGUCACACCAGGAGGAAGUCAUUAUUUUGUCCAAACGUGUUUUUAUUGUGUCCUGGAAGCAGCGACGAUGUCCGGCGGCUGGUGGAGCAGCGCGGCGGUGACUCACGGGCUGAUGGCUCUGUUCGCCAUGGGCUCCUGGAUCUCCGUGAACUGCCUGUGGGUCGAGCUCCCGGUGGUUGUCAGUGUCCUGCCCGAAGGGUGGAACCUGCCUGCCUACCUCUCAGUGCUGAUAGCCUUUGGGAACCUGGGCCCGAUAGCAGUGACCAUUACGCACCACUGCGCUCCAGGCAGGUUAAACGAACGCCUCCUCAUCCACUGCAUCCAGCUGCUGGCGGUGGUGGUGUCUGCUUUCCUGGCCGUCUUCUGGUCACACACAGUCACGAUAGCCGGGGAAGAAAGAUCGCUACCGUUCCUGCUCUUCACCUUCAUGUUGUCUCUGGUUUGCUGUACGUCCAACGUCACCUUCCUGCCUUUCAUGUUCCGUUACCCCCCUCAGUAUAUCCGUACCUUCUUUAUCGGACAGGGCCUCAGCGCCUUGUUCCCUUGUAUUGUGGCCUUGGGGCAAGGCGUCGGGAAGGUGGAGUGUAAAACGGUGAAUGGCACGGUGCAGCCCGAGUAUCUCAAGGAGAGCUUCCCUGCCCAGAACUUCUUCUGGUUCUUGUUUGUCAUGCUGUCCAUCUCAGCCAUCAGCUUCCUGGCUUUGACACAGAGACAGCCCACAUCGCAACAAGACACACCGCAGCAGGAGUCAGGCACUGCAGCAGGAGCAGCAAAGGAAAACGGAGAGGAGACGCACCCGCUGCACAACGGAGGGACUCCGGUGUCCGAGGACCAGGUGCAGGUGGAGGAACAACCGCCGGUCCCGACGUUUUGGACACUGCGUAACGUCUACCUGCUGCUGCUGCUCGGUGUGUCCAACGCCCUCACCAACGGGGUCCUGCCCUCUGUCCAGAGCUUCUUCUGUCUGCCCUAUGGCACCAUGGCCUUCCACCUCUCUGUGGUCCUGGGAAACAUAGCGAACCCCCUGGCCUGCUUUGUGGCCAUGUUUGUUCUCCUCAGGUCCUCCUCUGGUCUCGGGAUCAUGUCUCUGGCAGGAGGAGUAUUUGCUGCGUAUCUCAUGGCAUUAGCAGUCCUCAGCCCCUGCCCCCCUCUGUUGGGGAGCCAUGCUGGAGUGGCAUUAGUGGUCAUCUCCUGCAUCAUGUUCACUGGCCUCUUCUCCUAUCUGAAGGUAGUGAUUGGGACGCUGCUGCACGAGGCGGGACACGCCGCCCUGCUGUGGUGCGGCAUCUCCAUCCAGGCCGGCUCCCUCAUCGGAGCACUCAUCAUGUUCCCCCUGGUCAGCGUCUAUCACGUGUUCUCCAGGUCUCAAGAAUGCGUGGAAAACUGCAGUUAACGAUGGCGAGAUACGAAAGGUUUCCUCUGGGUUUCUUUUGUUUUGGACACACAGCUCCCAUUCAUUUCUCACGUGAUGACUGUUUCCCCCUGCUUUUUGGGGGUUCCUCUGCUAAACACCAGAUAGCCCUUAUCAUUCCUGGGGCUCAUGCUACGGGUGAGGCAUCCUCUCCCAAGUCAAAGAACAUCUUGAGAGGCCUGGGAUCUUGUGUAAGAGCAUUCCCAGAUAAUGGGAGCAUUGAGUUGCUGUACACUGGCCAAGGGGAUGUGAAAUGCCCAUGACCCAGUAAUACCACAAGUGCUUUGUGUGGUAUUUUGUAAUGAAUCUCUAUGUAGUUGAAGUUGUUUACAAUAGCAAGCAGAGCUGCUGCUGGGUAUUUUUUUUUCCACUACCCCGUAUCAUGUGAAGAGUAUGAUUUACUCAGGGACAGAAUCACUCACUCAUUAAUCUACGUUGUUGCCCCUGGGCUGAAAAAAAAAGAGAGAAACAUAUCCAGAAGAUACAGUGGCACUCUAAGCUACAAACAACCCCCCCUCUCCCAGCAGCACUGAAAGUUAUUGUAGUCUUUUAAUUUUUGUGGCACAUCGCUGGCUACCUCUUCUACGUCAUUCCGUUAGAUGAAACUGAAGAUUUUGCUAAACAGAUCACACUCAGUCUUUGAUUGUCAGACUGAGACGCACAGCUCAGUCACCCUGUUGAAGUCAAUAUUUAAUGACUUGAACCAUGCAGUUUAUAGACGAAGACACACUUAUGUGCUGUGUCAUUUGUUAAAGUCAAGCCAAAAUCAUUUGCGUACACCUGAGAAAUUUUAUCUCUGCAAAGUAUGGUUUUUUACCAUUUUAUUUCUCCUUUAAAUUUGAUUGUGUGUGUGGUUUGUCAGUGUUUUGUACUAACAUUUUUUUUUUUUUUUUAAGAUAACCGAUCGUUUUUGAAUUUGCAAUCGUUUCAAAUGUACAGUAAGAUCAUGUCACCUUAAGGGAAAAAUAUCCUACUUUGAGCAUUUGAUUCAUCAGUUUCUCUGUAAUGCUGUCAACAAGGGAUUGUGUCAUUUCAGUGCCUGAAGGAAUAACAUUGUAUGUAUGUGAAUGUGUCUACCUUGUUGAUUUUUUUUUUGUUAAACAUGCUGCUACAGUACAUCAAAUUUAUUGGAAUUUUGCAAGAGUGUCAAAAAAUUUGCCUUUCCUUUUUGAUGAAUAAUAGGCGUGGAAAUGUUAAGUACUGUAAUGUUUGUACUGAUUUACGCUGAUUAGCAAAGGGUAAAUAAUGUGAUUAAUAGUUUCUCUCAACACAUUUGUGUUUGUAUGAUGGUGCACAUUUGAAACCUUCCUCAGUUCUCAUUUUGUUUUGACGUUUUGACUUUAUCCAUUGAUUUCCAUGCCAACCUUUAAUUCUACAUGAAAUACACCAGGGAUGUGAUAUCAAACGCCUUACAGUGUGUUAAGUGUAGUGUUAUGAAAUGAUUGAUACACAAUAAAGGAUUUUUUGAAAAACAAA